GCGGGCUGUUUAGGGGAAUUGGGAGUGUUGGGCUGUGUUAGGAAAAGCGGGAUUGUUUGGCAGCAUGAAAGCUGUGUAGGGGGAAAGAACAUGCUGUUUGCACUCCAGUCAUCUGAUCUGAGCCAGCAUGCGUCACGUGAGCUGCUCUUGGCUGAAAUAUUCAUAUUUAAUCGAGACGAGUCAAAACGACUUGCGUAACAUUGGGAUUUACAAUUUGAGUUGAAUUUUCUAUGAGUGCAUCAAGAUGAAUCGUACCAUAGGCCACUCCAGUGACCCAUUGCAAUCAGAAGAUCAAGAAGUAGGGUUUGAUCCCCUGCAGAGCGAUACAGGAAAGCAAGAAGAAUUUUCUCCAGAGAAAAGAACAAACCCAGCGUCUGACUCAGAACAAAUCUUCAUAUCAUACAGCAAGGAAUGGGAGGAACUCUUUGUAAACAACAAUUAUUUGGCAACAAUACGUCUGAAAGGGAUUAAUGGACAGCUGAGAAGCAGCAGGUUCCGGAGUGUUUGCUGGAAGCUGUUUCUAAAUGUUUUACCCCAAGACAGAAGCCAAUGGAUAAGUAAAACGGAGGAGUUAAGAACACUGUAUGAAAAGAUUAAAGAAAUACAUAUUACAAAUCCUCGAAAAGCUGCUGGCCAGCAAGACUUAAUUAUAAAUAAUCCCUUGUCACAGGAUGAAGGGAGCCUAUGGAAUAAGUUUUUCCAGGAUAAAGAACUUAGAGCAAUGAUUGAGCAAGAUGUCAAAAGAACAUUCCCUGAGAUGCAGUUCUUUCAGCAGGAAUAUGUAAGAAAUUUGCUUACUGACAUCCUUUUUUGCUACGCAAGAGAAAAUGAACAUUUACUGUAUAAACAGGGGAUGCAUGAGUUGCUGGCACCCAUUGUGUUUAUUUUGCAUUGUGACCACCAGGCUUUUUCACAUGCAAGUGAGGCUGCAAAACCAAGUGAAGAAAUGAAAGCACUUUUAAAUCCUGCUUACCUGGAACAUGAUGCAUUUGCUCUCUUUUCAAACCUUAUGAGGAGUGCAGAGCCUUGGUUCUCAACGUUUGAACAUGAUUCACGGAAGGAAAAAGAGGCAAUGCUUUCAACUAUGCCAUUUGCCAGACCCCAGGACAUUGGACCUUCCAUUGCUAUUGUGUCCAAGGUGAACUACAUUCAAGACCAGCUACUGAAGAAGAAUGACAUUGAGCUCUAUAUGCAUCUGAAUAGACUGGAAAUUGCUCCUCAGAUAUAUGGAUUGCGAUGGGUAAGGUUGUUAUUUGGAAGAGAAUUUCCACUGCAGGACCUCCUUGUUGUAUGGGACGCAUUGUUUGCAGACAGCAUUACCUUAGACUUAGUUGACUACAUAUUCAUUGCCAUGCUUUUAUAUAUUCGUGAUGCCUUAAUCUCAAGCAACUACCAGACAUGUUUGGGACUUCUGAUGCAUUAUCCCCCGAUUGGUGAUGUUCACUCUCUCAUUCUCAAGGCUCUGUUUCUCCGAGACCCAAAGAAAAACCCAAGACCAGUGAAUUACCAGUUUCAUCAAAACCUAGACUACUACAAAGCACGCGGGUUGGACUUGCUGAACAAAUCACGUGCCAACUCCAAGCCUGGUUCAUCGGCCAUGGUCAAAGUGUCUAGUAGUUUGAUGAGCUUUGGUCGGAAAUUGAUGGGCCCAACGGUCCCUACUGGAGGUGCAAUGAGCCCAAUGUUGUCUGCCCAGACCAGUAAUGCAAGCAGCUUCAGCAGCAGCCCAGGUCUCACUAAAUCUCUCCCAAACCAGAUUGUGGCUGAGCCUAAUCCACAUCCCUUCCCAUCCGUGCAGCAAAUGCAACAAACCCAGCGCAUGAUGAAAUCAGAGAGUAUGCCAGUUCAACUCAGUAAAGGACAAAGCUCAAAAAACAUGAGUUCAUCUCCCAGCAUUGAGAGUUUGCCUGGGGGCCGUGACCACACAGAUUCGCCUCCUCCGUCAGCUGGGAAGAAGGAAUCCUUUUUCAGCAAUAUCUCUCGCUCCCGUUCUCACAGCAAAUCCCAAGGCAAAAAGGAAAAUGAAGAAGAUAUGGAAGCUCAGAUUUCAUUUCUACAAGGGCAGUUAAACGAUCUGGAUGCAAUGUGCAAAUAUUGUGCAAAAAUAAUGAAUACACACCUUGGGCAUAUCCAAGAUGUUAUAUUAGAAGAAAAGCUGGAAAAAGAAGAUAAAAUCCAAGUGUCUCUUGCGGUACUGAAGCAGAUAAAAGACAUUCUGAAAGGAACACUGAGAUUCAACCAGUCUCUCCUUGAAGCUGAAGAAAAUGAGGAGAUUUCAAUCAUGGAUGAUCAUUACUGCUCUAACCUGCUCAGAAAGACUGAUGAGACGGGGACCCAGGAGCAGCCCAGGCACAAUCAGGCUGCAGCAGAAAGCUCAGGAAAUGCAGCUAGCAGCAAAUGUGAAGAUUACAUUGUGAUUCCUCGGGGAGACGAUGGAAAUGCUGAGGCCGCCAGCUUGGAACUAAAACAGGGCGAUGUGGUAAAAGAAGAUCCAACAGAGACCAAUCAAAUUCCAUCUCGUUCUUCAUUGGCCUUCACAGAUCCUCUUAUGGGUGGAAGUGCAUCGUGCAGUUCGAGUCCUGAUGAUGACAGCAGCAACAAUAGCAAAGAUUCCGACUUUACCAUUGUCAGUCCGCUAGACAUUUAACUGUAGCCUUUAAUCGUAGGAUCUUUUGUUCCCUUUGUUUCUUUUUAUAUGAUGUUUUAUAACAUCAACCCUUAACCUCCCAAUAUAAUAAAUAACAUACGGAAUAACUGUUUCUCUGACUGACGGGAGGGCUUAGUAAUUUGUGUAUUUUGGAGCACAAACGUCAGUACAUGAAAAAUAGCCAUUAUUGUUAUGCCUUACCUGUAUAGUACUGAUAGCACGUGUCUUCUGAGUAUUUUAUGCAACUAAUGGAACAGAGGAAUAGAACUGUGCCCAAAUUAACAUGUAUAUUGCACAAGAACAGGGGUUCCAAGUGUCCACAUUGUUCUCCAUCAAGGAAUUCCAUUUUAGAACCUGAUCAAAUACCAGUAACUUGGUUAUGAUGUACUACAUAGACUUCCAGUGAUUGAGGUCUUGCCAUACUGGUUUCUUUCAUCAAACUGUACUCACAUCCCUUGUGUAUUGUUGAAUUUUUUUUACUUUUUCUUUUUUUUUUACAUAGUUAAGAAAGUCAGGUUUGUGAAAGAAUUCGAAGAAAAAUCAAUGUUGCCAUGUUUCGAUGUUGUUGUAACAGGUACAUCUGGAUAUUAGCUCCUGUAUAGCUCACUAACUGGCAAUAUGGAUUCCGUUACAUAUUUAGCGCUGGGCUUGGUUUUUCUUCAUCAACCUGUACAGGAACAUAGAGAAUGACCCCUCCGUUACUGACAACUAAACGUAUGAUGUUCUGUACUUUUUCUUGGUAAACUUCUGAUGAUUGAUUUCUUAUCUGUUUCCAUAAACUUUUCAUGACCUACAGAAACUCCACUGGCAUUAUAAGAACCUGUAGAGGCCUCUACUAUUGUUAUAUGACGUGAAAUCAACAUGGCUGAGUCUAGCCAUAGUAAUGGGGCAGAUAUUACAUGUGCUCAGUUAUAAUAAUAAUGUGGAGUUUUAGUUAUCUGUCAUUGAAAAUAAAAUAUGUGCAUCAUGAACUUGUGUGUUCACCCCCCUUAAAGCUUGAGAAGGAGGCAGGAGAUAAAGGGGAGACAAAAUUCCAACAUGAAUUCUCUGACCUAAUUGUAAAAUGAAAUGUGCAUAGAUUAGUGUUGACUUAAUACCUGACAACAGAACUACUGACUGCUAAAAUAAGGCAGGGUGAGAGAACUAAAAAUAGGGUUACAGCUUUCCAAGUACAUUCUUUCCCACAAAAUCAUAGAGAACUCUUCCGUUAAAAAUUUGCCAAGAUUUAGGCGUUAAUUAAGAAAUUCAGCAGUGAUGGGUUUCCUGGUACUGGUCAUUGCCAUUGGUAAAUAAAACUGUAUUUCCUGAAAUGCCUGCGUUAUAUAUAUUUAUAUCAUGGCAUGGGCACGACAGAAGAGCAAAAAAAAAAGCACAUAAUCACUUGGGCAUGGUAUAAACUUCUGUUUCUAGUUAUGAGAUAUAAUUCUAAUGUUUGCACUAGUUAUAAAAUAGCUUUAUGGGCACAGGAAUAUAGAAAAGAAUUUCUUAAGAUUUCUUGGAUAUAUGUGAUUGGAUAAAGAUGUGCCCAUGCAUAUUGAGUUAGUGAGGGGCAUGGCAAAGAAUACUCCUUCCUCCAGUUUGGCACAUGGCAUUAUAGGCAGCUCCAGUGUUGGUGUGUAGCGAGGCACAACGUCUGGAUUGGGGCUUAUUCCCAGGUGAUUUAUAAAGGAGCAGGUGAUGCAACAAAGCAAGACUAAGGGUGUUACCGUAUUCUUGUUUUAUGGGUUUAUUUGGUGCCACGCGCCUCUUUCAAGUUGAAAAUGAAGUUACUUAUUGCUGAAAAUGAUGUCCCUGAAUCUAGUCUCAUUUUCUGUUUCCAGAAGUAUCACCUCAGGGUGAGUUUCCAUAGGGUCACUUUUGUGCCAUUGCGGAAAGAGCAUCUGAUGGCGUCGCAGAAACCGUCCUUAGUAAAUGUAACUAUUUACAUACUGUAUAUUUACAGGCUAAUAAUCAGUAUAUUGUGAUAGCAAUUUUGGGAGAAAUAUGAAAGUAAUGUGUGACUAAUGUUGAUCUAAACAGCUACUGUCCCUCUAAAAGCCAAAGGGUUGUUAUCCAACAACUGACAAACAUAUCCAGAUGAUCUCCUCUUCCAAACACUCUGUCUCACAAGAACUGCUGCAUUGUUUUGGGCAGUUAAACCUUCUCCUCAUUAAAUGAUAGGAUGAAUCACAGAACUCACCAAAUAAACACAAUAACCUCUCUUCAGUAA